UGUCUUCGUUCUGCAGUGAUUGAUCAAAAUUGAUUCGUAAAUUGUGGAAAGUGCGGUCGGAGUGAUGACGUGGAAGGAAUGACAAAUUGUUCCCUCGUGGUCCCUUGGUUCUCGCCUCGCGGUAUUGGGCAUCGUACCGCGACGUGUUGCUCAGUGGCGGAAUAAAACCGAAGAUGCCUCUGCCAUCACGCGCGCGGAUUUAUGCUGAUGCAAACUCGCACCGACCCCGGGAAUAUUGGGACUACGAGAGCCAUGUCAUCGAAUGGGGGCAGCAAGAUGAUUACCAGCUCGUGAGGAAGCUCGGACGAGGCAAAUACAGCGAGGUUUUCGAAGCCAUUAACGUAACCAACGCUGACAAAUGCGUCGUGAAAAUUUUGAAGCCAGUGAAGAAGAAGAAGAUCAAGCGUGAAAUCAAGAUAUUGGAGAACUUGCGUGGUGGAACGAACAUCAUCUCCUUGCAAGCUGUGGUUAAAGAUCCGGUGUCUCGCACGCCUGCAGUGAUUUUCGAGCAUGUUAACAACACCGAUUUCAAGCAAUUGUAUCAGACCCUGACGGAUUUUGACAUACGCUACUACAUGUAUGAGCUACUGAAGGCACUGGAUUACUGCCACAGUAUGGGCAUCAUGCAUCGCGACGUGAAGCCACACAAUGUGAUGAUUGACCACGAGAACCGAAAAUUACGUUUGAUUGAUUGGGGCCUCGCGGAGUUCUACCAUCCCGGCGAAAAGUACAAUGUUCGGGUGGCGUCGCGCUACUUCAAAGGGCCCGAGCUGCUUGUGGACUAUGAGAUGUAUGACUAUUCGCUGGACAUGUGGUCGCUCGGCUGCAUGUUUGCGAGCAUGAUAUUCCGGAAGGAGCCAUUCUUUCAUGGACAUGACAAUUACGACCAGCUUGUGCGGAUCGGCAAGGUGCUGGGCACGGAGGAAUUGUACGAGUACCUGGACAAAUACCAGAUCGAGUUGGAUCCGCAGUUCAACGAUAUUCUGGGAAGGCACUCGCGAAAGCGAUGGGAAAGAUUCGCCCACUCGGAGAAUUACCACUUGGUCAGUGCUGAGGCUCUGGACUUCCUAGACAAGCUAUUGCGCUAUGAUCAUCAAGAGAGACUCACUGCCAAGGAAGCCAUGGAGCAUCCCUAUUUUUAUCCCGUUGUAAACAAGACGAGUGCAGCCCCGGCCAACGUGGUUUCAGCCAUGUCUGUGGGAGUUGGUGUUGGUGAGUAGGCAUGCCUGCUGUUGUCCAGCGUCUGCAUCCAUCCUGUACCAUCUGAAAAAAAAAAACGAACAACCGACUUGCCGAAAUGUGUCAAUUUAUUCUUUAUUGGAUUUAUUUUUUUAUACAAUCUUCUGCGGCGCCCUCAUUAUGAGUGCGUUAGCGCACAAAAUUUCAUCGAGGCAACCUGGUCCAAUACCGAUCGUGCUUCCAUUUGGGUUGAAAUAUUUUCCGUUUUCUCUGCUUUGUAUCUUCUUGGUUAUUACGUGACGUCGCAUACUUUUUCAUUGGAAUAAUUUUUUAUUGUUCUUCAUGUCCGAGCGGUCAUCAGUGAUAUGUUUGAUGUUUGUGUGAGCUCCCUUGUUUGCAUUACUUGCUCAGUCACGGGUUGAAUAAUAAGGAUUUUUAUGCUGAUGCAUAUCAUGGUGUUCUAUGGAUUCAUAUUAUACGUGAAUUGUGUCUCAUAUUUGAUAUGUGAGGUGGUAUAUGUUGUACAGCAUGUUCCGUUGAUCAACAAGUUCGAUCAAGUGUACUGGGGGAUCUAAGAAAAGUGAAAUUUUGACUGGGCAUUCGUUGGUUAUGGUUGGGUUAUAACAUGGCUGGUUGAUGGUUGUGAAAUGAUACGCAGGUGGUGGACUGAUGUCAGUGCCUGGAUUGAUUGGUAGUGAAGCGCAGGGAAUAUCAACGCCACAGUUACUGGAGCAGCAAAAGCUACAAACGUCAAGCUGAUGUACCUCGAUGUGUCCACUUUUCCCUGUGUCCACUUUUCUGUUAGUUUCGUGAUAAUUUUUUUAAGGAUGCCUCAAUUGAUGAAUGCUGCUGAUCUCGCGGUGUCUGUUUUCUUUCUUCCAGUGAAGAAAAAUGAGAUCAAUUUUGACUCCUUGAGUUGAUUGUUGACUUGUCUGUUGCUAAAUCGUGCACCGUGCUGCUGGGAAUUGCAAAAUAAAUGAGGGAAAAUUAAUUGCGAGCAAGUGUUCUGAUAUUUUGCAUUCAUUGCACAUGUAUUAUGCUGUAGUUAUUUUCCAUCG